UUUCUUGGGUCCCUGUGCACAGCUCUCUUUGUGGCAUAUGCAAUACAAGGGAAACCCCUUGUGCAGUGGGGAAGAGAGAUGAUGAAGGUUGUGCCAAUGGCUGAGGAAUACUGCAAGAAGACCAUUCGUCACAUGGCAGAAUAUCAGGAGCACUGGUUUUACUUUGAAGCCAAGUGGCAGUUUUAUCUGGAGGAGAGAGAAAUCAAUGAGGAAAAUCAGAAUCAACCUGUCUUUCCAGACAACUAUGACGCAGAGGAGAGAGAAAAGACAUACAGGCGAUGGAGCUCCGAAGGCCGAGGAGGAAGACGAGGCCAUGACGCCCCAAUGAUCGCGUACGACGCCCUGCUGGGCUGCGGUGGGGACUGGACAGAGCUCUGCAACCGCUCCAUGUUCCACGGAGGAGAAAGUGCAGCUACUGGGUCCAUCGCUGGCUGCCUCUACGGCUUGGUUUAUGGCCUGAGCAAGGUGCCCAAAGGCUUGUACCAGGAGCUGGAGCAAAGGGAGAGGCUUGAGUACUUGGGCGAGAAUCUUUACCGACUAUCCAUGGAGGAAAAGUAAAGCAGUUUCUGCCCUUUUCUCUUUCUAUAAAGACUAUAUUAAACCCUGUAGAUAAGUGACUGACACGUGUAGCGAAGGAAUUAGUGACUGUUAGUCUGAGAGGCUCUGUGUGCAUCACGUGGAAGUGAAGAGAGCUGAAUCAUUAGAUGGAUUAGACUGAUGAGAGUGAUUUGG